AUGUCGCACCUCAUGGCUCUGCUGGCCUUCUUGGUACAGAGCGUUUCAAUCGUUGCCGCCAGCUCUGCUGCGCCCUCGGCAUUUGGGUUUUUCGUCAAUAACACCAUCCACGAGCCCCUGGGCAACGGGAGUUUCUUCUAUCCUCGGUACACCGAGUUGCAAGAUGGGACCAUCCUUGCAACCGCGUCUAUCACAGGUCAUAGCCCCGCUUUCUUCCCCGUCUUCGAGAGCAAGGACGGCGGCGCAACGUGGGAUUGGAUUUCCAACGUCACGGACACGCAGAACGGGUGGGGUUUUCCCGCGCAGCCCAUGCUCACCGUGUUGAGUGAGCCAUUGGGGGCAUAUGAUGCGGGCACUAUCCUGGCAACUGGGAAUAGUUGGAGUGAUAAUGGCACGCGCAUCGACCUCUAUGCAAGUGCCGACCGAGCAAGGUCGUGGGAGUUCGUCAGCCGCGUGGCUGAGGGCGGACCUCCCAACACGACAAACGGAUAUACGCCUGUGUGGGAACCGUACCUAUUGGAAUACAACAAAUCUCUGAUCUGCUAUUAUUCCGACCAGCGGGACCCGAAGCACGGCCAGAAACUUUCGUAUCAGGUCUCAACAGAUUUGAAGGCUUGGGGCCCGGUUUUUGAUUCCGUAGCCUACGAUGAGUACGUGGCACGCCCCGGCAUGCCUGUUGUCAUCUGGGUUCCUCCCAUCGCAAAAUGGAUGAUCGUAUAUGAGUAUGUCGGCGGGUACGCUUCAGACGGAUCCAAAUACCCGGUUUAUUACCGUCUUGCCGAUAGUCCUCUGGAAUUUCAAACCGCCAGCGGCAUACCUAUAGUGACCGAUACCAAGAAAAUACCCAAUGCUAGCCCCUAUGUGGCUUGGAGCCCCAUCGGCGGUCCCAACGGAACCAUCAUCGUCUCUGACGCGGAUAACAGCCAAGUUUUUACCAACCAGUUCGGGGGCGACAUGAAUGAGUGGGAAGAACACGCGACGACGGCUCCGAUGGCGUACAGCAGACCUGUCCAGAUCCUUCGUCAAUACCCAGACCACCUUGUAAUCUAUGGCGCCGGGACUUAUGACUCCUUCUCGAGCAAUAUGCUCACACCUCUCACGGCGACAGCCAUCAACCUGACAGAGAUCCUGAUAAAUUAG